AUGCCAGAUAAUGAGAGAUUUGGGAAAACAAUGUUGGAGAAAAUGGGGUGGAAAUCUGGUAAGGGACUAGGCAAAUAUGAACAAGGAAUAAGUUCAAGUCUAGAGGUUCAGGCGUGUACUUCAAUGAAAGGAUUAGGGUAUCCUGAGCGAAACAACGAUGUUUGGAUUGCUCAUAAUGAUGGCUUUGCCACUCUGUUAGCUGAUUUAAAUAAGAAAAAGGAAGAGGCAUCAAAAAAUAAAGGCUCAGGAAACAGUUUUCAUAAAGGAAAAUCAGAAAUAAUCAUGAAUAAGUUUGUCACAACAUAUUUUUAA